AUGGGAACGAUACAGCGAUCAGUCACCCUACUAUCCUAUCUAGAGAAUUUUGAAGAUCUCUAUGUUUUUGUUGAGAAUCGUCAAGGUCCACAGCCAGUUCAAGGGUGGCCUUACUCAGCGGCCACUUUUCGAUCAACUCCUCGUCGCUUUUUCCCCGACUAUUUGAGGUCAACGGUAAGAAAUGAGCGUCAAAAGAAA